AUGUCUGCAAAUUUUGAAUAUGGAAAAGAUUUUGAAAAUAAUGCAAAUCUUUCUGUGCACAAAGAAAUUCAGAAAGAUGAACCGUCAUGUUCUGAAAGAGAAAAAACUUUUAAUCCAUAUUCAUGUUCAGAAUGUUUGAAGUGUUUUUGGCAGAAAUCACAUCUUGUUAAACAUCAGAAAACUCACACAGGGGAGAAGCCAUUUUCAUGUUCAGAAUGCGGGAACUGUUUUAGUCAGAAAUCACAUCUUGUUGUACAUGAGAAAACUCACACAGGGGAGAAGCCAUUUUCAUGUUCAGAAUGCGGGAACUGUUUUAGUCGGAAAUCACAUCUUGUUAAACAUCAGAAAACUCACACAGGAGAGAAGCCAUUUUCAUGUUUGGAAUGUGGGAAGUGUUUUAAGAGUCAAGAUUAUCUUAAGAUACACCUAAGAACUCAUACUGGGGAGCAGCCAUAUUCAUGUUCAGAAUGUGGGAAAUGUUUUAAUUAUAAAUUAAGUCUUGUAAUACAUCAAAGAAUUCACACAGGAGAGCGGCCAUUUCCAUGUCUGGAAUGUGGGAAAUGUUUUAGUGAUAAUUCAAGUCUUGUGCAACAUCAGAGAAUUCACACGGGAGAGAAGCCAUUUCCAUGUCCUGAAUGUGAGAAAUGCUUCAGUCAGAAAACAAUUCUUGUGCAACAUCAGAGAAUUCACACAGGAGAGAAGGGAUUUUCAUGUUCUGAAUGUGGGAAGUGUUUUAUUCAGAAAACAAGUCUUGUGAAACAUCAGAGAAUUCACACCGGAGAGAAGGGAUUUUCAUGUUCUGAAUGUGGGAAGUGUUUUAGUCAGAAAACAAUUCUUGUGCAACAUCAGAGAAUUCACACAGGA